UGGUGAGUGACACAUACGUGUGGUGGGAUGUGUGUGUCAUGUAUGAGCCCCGUGUGGUGUCCGUGUCCUCCCGUGUGUUCUCUUCAUCACCGACAGCAUUAUAGCCACCCCCGUGGCUGCCGGUCUGUGCCAGGAUGAGUAACAGCCACCCCAUGCGCCCGUACACCGCCAUCGGUGAGAUCGAUCAUGUGCACAUCCUGUCGGAGCACGUGGGCGCCCUGAUAAAUGGCGAGGAGUACAGUGACGUCACCUUCAUCGUGGACAAGAUGAGGUUCCCAGCGCACAGGGUCAUCCUCGCCGCCCGCUGCCAGUACUUCAGGGCGCUGUUAUACGGAGGGAUGAAGGAGUCUCGUCCGGAGGCGGAGAUCACCCUGCAGGACACGAGCCCUGAGGCGUUCGCCAUGCUGAUGAAGUACAUGUACACGGGCCGGGCCAGCCUGCGGGAGGAGAAGGAGGAGGUGCUGCUGGACUUCCUGACCUUAGCUCACAAAUAUGGCUUCCCCGAGCUGGAGGACUCCACGUCCGAGUACCUGUGCACCAUCCUAAAGAUCCAGAACGUGUGCAUGAUCUAUGACGUGGCCAGCCUCUACUCCCUGUCCAAACUGUGCUCCACCUGCUGUAUGUUCAUGGACCGGAACGCGCAGGAUGUCCUCUCCAGUGACGGUUUCCUGACCCUCUCCAAGGCUGCGCUCCUGGAUAUCGUGCGGAGAGACUCGUUUGCCGCCCCCGAGAAGGACAUUUUCCAGUCUCUGAUGCGCUGGUGCAGACACAACCCCAAGGAGAAUCACUCAGAAAUCAUGGCCUCCGUCCGCCUCCCGCUAAUGAGCCUCACGGAGCUGCUGAAUGUGGUCAGACCGUCCACACUGCUCACCCCCGACGCCAUCCUGGACGCCAUUAAAGUGCGAUCUGAGAGCCGCGACAUGGACCUCAACUACCGCGGGAUGCUAAUCCCGGAGGAGAACAUCGCUACCAUGAAGUUUGGGGCGCAGGUGGUGAAGGGGGAGCUGAAGUCGGCUCUGCUAGAUGGCGACACCCAAAACUACGACUUGGAUCACGGAUUUUCUCGGCACCCGAUCGAGGAUGACUGCCGCUCCGGCCUGGAGGUGAAGCUGGGGCAGCCGUCCAUCAUUAACCACAUCCGCCUGCUCCUCUGGGAUCGGGACAGCCGGUCCUACUCCUACUACAUCGAGGUGUCCAUGGAUGAGCUGGACUGGAUCCGAGUCAUUGACCACGCCCAGUUUUUCUGCCGCUCCUGGCAGAAGCUCUACUUCCCGGCCCGGGUAUGCAGAUACGUCCGGAUCGUGGGGACCCACAACACCGUCAAUAAAGUCUUCCACCUGGUGGCCUUCGAGUGCAUGUUCACCCACAAGACCUUCACGCUGGAGCAAGGACUGAUAGUCCCCGCAGAGAACGUCGCCACCAUCGCAGAAUGCGCCAGCGUGAUCGAGGGCGUGAGCCGCAGCCGCAACGCUCUGCUGAACGGAGACACAAGGAAUUACGACUGGGACUCGGGGUACACCUGUCACCAGCUGGGGAGCGGGGCGAUCGUCGUCCAGCUGGCGCAGCCGUACAUGAUUGGCUCCAUCAGAUUAUUGCUGUGGGAUUGCGACGACCGCAGUUACAGCUACUACAUCGAGGUGUCUACAAACCAGCAGCAGUGGACCAUGGUGGCCGAUCACACAAAGGUUCCCUGCAGGUCGUGGCAGACAAUCACAUUUGACCGACAAGCGACAUGUUUCAUCAGGAUCGUAGGGACCCACAACACGGCAAACGAGGUUUUCCACUGCGUUCACUUUGAGUGUCCGGCGCAGACAAUCGGCCACAAGGAGGAGAGCGUCAAGGAGGGCUCGUCCAGCGAGCAGGUGGCAUCCAUAACCCUGCGGGCGUCCAGCGCCAUCUCGGGGAGCGAGCGCAGCCAGGCGCACUGAGGCUGCCGCCGGACUUUUGUGAUCUCGUCGUCUCCGAGGACGCCGACCUCCGAUGAAUCCUCACUGGAGGGAAAAUUGCUGCUCAAUCUUCAUCAAGACGUUUAUUAGCGCCCCCGCCCGGCCGGUAAUUGAGCAGAUUGCUGCUGAGACCCGUGCGCUGUCGGCAGCGCGCACCGCCGCUAAUUGAGGGAUGUAUUGGCUUCCGGACUAAUUUCUCCUUAUUGAUUAUUUCUUUCCUUUGCGCCCCCCCUCCAUAUUUUCGUACAUUAGCUCGUCACAUGUCACCGUGCACUGAACACAAACCGCCCACGAAGAUCACUUAACUCAAUCCCGUCUCCGAGCGGAUAAACCGGUGGCAGUGGUUGGCGGUCAUCCCACCCGCUGCCAUCUUGACGUAGACUGACCCGGUAUACUGGGACUGAUUUUGCACUAAACUCUGACGAGCAGGUGGCGACCUCGUCCUCCUACUGGAGCGGACUCUACACAGAGAACAGUCACACUAAUAUAAGUUAUGUUCGGCUACAUCCUCAUCCAGCUUUCCCAGAACCCUGAGCGGCCUUUUUUUUUGGAAACCCACUUCGACUUGUUCUUUUCUGAUGUGUUGAGUUGUUGCCCCUUCCCUCUUGACCUAAUCCCAACCCUGACAAUCAGCAGUGACUACCAUAGAGGUUCAUGAACCAGGCAGCUCAGGAUGAGCACAGCUACAGCUCCUUACGAAAAGAAAGAGUGCUUCAAAGCACUGAAUUGAGGAGAGGCCUAGUGUGUACUGUUCAUGAAUCAGGAGGCUCAGGGUGAGCUGCACCUCUCUCUGCAUUGUGAGGAAUUAUGGGUGUGCACAGGACAGAUCUGGUAUCCUGAGAACUAACCAGGAGGCUCAGGAUGAACAGAGCUACAGAUCCUUUCUAAGAGUGGGCGUGCUGUGGUGCCAAGUACAUGUGACAGGCGGAAGAAGAGACCUGGCAUUCUGUUCAUGAACCAGGAGGUGCAGGAUGAACAGUGCUACAGGUGGAACUUACUAAUAAGGGGCAUGCUGUAGUGCCAAGGACAUGUGAGAGGCGGAAGAAGAGACCUUUCAUUCAGUUCAUGAACCAGGAGGCGCAGGAUGAACAGUGGUUCCUAGAGGUGCGACGGAGCAUGGGAUUGGUUGAAGACAAGUGAAUGUAAAUGGUUCAUCAUCAGUGACAACGCUACGUCUGGGGCCCCUUUCUGUUAGGGCCCCGGGUGGGUUUCUUUUUGUAUACAGCAGACGCUUUGUGUUACUUGGCGGUUGUAUAUGAUGUAAGUUAUAUUGUGUACCUUGUGUUACAUUAUAAAGAAAACUUUAUA